UCUGGGUGCAGGUGGUGGAUCCUCACGCUGAGGAAAACACUCCCUCCUUCCCCUCUCCUCUCUCUGUCUACAACCAUGGCGGAUCGAGACAAUGGCGAUGUACUGAUGCUGGAAGCUCCACCUUCUUAUGGGCGCCAAGCAUGUUCUUCCCACGCGGAAAUCAUCGACGCUUUGCCUUACAUCGACUCCGACUACGCCGACCCCAAAGUGAAGUUCGAGGUUGACCGUCUCGUGGAGGAAGAAAUGCGCCGCAGUACCAAGAUGCCCGCUGACUUCCUCAAAGAAUUACCCCCUCUUCCCACCUUGAAUUUUGAGGAGUACCCAAUGGUUGGUAGAGAGUACGAGCGUGUAAGAGCCGGAAGGCCUCCCGUUGCUCUUGAUAGGUCGCGUUAUGAAUUUGAAGUGCCAGCUGCUAAUAAGAGGAACGAUGAAACUGCUUGGAAGCAAGCACUUCAGAGAUCUCAACGCCUUCUUCAAUAUCAGAAUAUCAGGAUGGAAAAUGUGGAUUUGUUGUUAAAAUAUGGCACCGAUGCCUGGAAACAACACAACAAUCGAUUGGAAGUAUAUUUGACAAGAAUGCAGAAAUUAGCUCAGGAACUUGGUGAAAAGAUUGAAAAUGUAAAUCGUGAAAGGAAAUAUCAUCAGCAAAAUACUGCUUGCGAGCUCAAUGCUUUGUCCAUGCAAUGGAAGGAUCUGUGUCAGAAAAAUAUAGACAUCCAAAUUGCUUGCGCUUCUCUUGAAGCUCGCAUAAAAGAACUGAAAACAGAAGCAGCAGAACGAGGUUGGAACCUGGAAGCCAUCACAGAAAAUAGACCGUUGUCGAAUUCAGAAAACUUCUGACGUUGUUGCUGAUAAAAUUCAAAGGGUCCAAAGGGUUUAUGGAUGCCAAGGAGUGCAAAUACAUAGGUUUAUGUCGUAAAAAGAAAUCACCAUAACUCCCAAAGCGUCUAAAAAUUCCAAAAUCGAUAGAGACCGAAGAAAUUACGGAUGUCCUUGAAAUUCCAUAUGAUGUCCGUAAUUAGUAUUUCCUUAACUUUUUGGUCUUUUUUCCCCUUAGGUAUCGGGUGUACUAUUUGAAUCAUAAUUUUACAUUACUCCUGUGUAUAUUAAGUUAUUAACUUAGCUCGCAACGCGAUAUAUAUAUUCAAUUUAA